CUCUCUCACUCAGAGCAGUGUGAGACACAGAGACAGAGGCACACGUUCUCUCUCUCUCUCUCUCUCUCUCUCUCUCUCUCUCUCUCCGUUUCUCUUUCACGCACGCACACACAUGCUCAUGCGCGCUGAUUGCAACUUUCCUCAAUCGGACUGACAUAACACACACGCCGGGAUAGACACUCCCCUUGCAACAGUGAAGAAGAGGAUAAAGAGUGACUGAUCAGGAAAAAAAGAAAUACAGAAAGAGGAGGCUUCCUGGUGAAGAGGAGGAUCGUGCUGAUAUUUCGUCCUGUCCAAGAUGGCAAACCUUGUGACAUCGUUGUGCUGUGUAGUUCUGGCCGCGGUGGUGGUAGCCUACGCUCAGAGACGCAGUCAGCUUGUUGCUAGGAACCAGUAUGAGCGGAUAGGCAGUGAUGUCACCAUGCAGUGCGGUUCCCUGGACAAUGACGCAUCAGUGUCAUGGAAGGUGAAUGGGACAGAUGUGAAGGCCCAGCACCGUCUAGAGGGUCCCAGAUUGACACUGAACGAGGUGGAUCUGGGCCACAACGGACUCUACAGCUGCUUUCAGAACCCGCACGGAGAGAGACGUGACACCAUCUACCUCCACAUCGGCACUCCUCCUCUGGAACCCACAGUCAUCUGUCGAUCCAACACCUACCCUAAAGGCUUCUACUGCAGCUGGCAUCAGCUGCACACCACCUACAUCCCCACUACCUUUGAAGUUGAUGUGCAACAUAACCACCGUUCAUUAGAAGUGCAGAAAGAUCCGGACCACAAGAACCGCUGUCGUGUACGUUUCCCUGAGGUCUUUUCCAGCUUCCCCUACAAAGUUAAUGUGACAGCAGUCAAUGCCUUGGGGAAAGCCUAUACCACCAUAGUAUUUGAAGAAUCCAGUAUAGUCAAACCAGACCCUCCAGAGCGUGUGACGGCGACUCCGAUCCGUUUCAACGCUCGGAGGCUGGAGGUUUCCUGGCAAAGCCCCGCCACGUGGCCUGACAUCGACAACUUCCCCCUGAAAUACUUCCUUCGAUACCGGCCACUCAUCCGGGAACAGUGGCAGCAUGUGGAGAUAUCUGACAGCACCUUCCACACCAUAACCGAUGCCUAUGCUGGGAAGGAGUACAUCAUCCAGGUGGCUGCAAAGGACACAGAGAUUGGAACAUGGAGUGACUGGAGUGUGGCUGUCCAUGCUACACCCUGGAUUGAAGAUCCUCUGCCAAUCACUUCAACAACUGAAGUGGACUUUCCUACUGAAACAAAGACCUCCCCCAUACCAUCCUCCAACGCACCACAAAAAGCUGAACCUCCAGUCGGCAGAGCUGCAAGACUCCUCACAUUUUUCUCCCCUUUGCUGUUAGGAAUGCUGCUGCUGUUCAUGUGAUGUAAAUGUCGUAUUCCUGAAGGGAGCGGGAGGAAGAGGAGGAGGGGGAGAGGCUAUUCUUUCUAUUUUGCACAUGUUUCAAGGAUACAGUGCAUUGAUCAUAUCUGUCCAUCACGCCGUUACUCACCAAGAUUACUUAGACAUGAAAUCAGACGAUGAUAAUGCCAUCGAGCAUUUUUUGAUUAUUGGUGACAGAGAAAUUCUUCAGAGGAACUUUUGGAAACGCCAUCAUCAUGAACAUCAUGAUCAUCAUCAUCCAGAACAACAAACACAGCAGCAACAGGAGCAACAACAAGAAGCGUGUAGUGUGCAGUAAAGGCAGACUUAGAAUACCCCCUGGUGGUUCUGAUGGGCCACAGCAGACUUUGUUUGGCAGACAACAGUUUGGGAAUCUCCUCUUCAGAAAUAAGAAAAUCAACUCCUGCGACGACGGAAAAAAAAUCUCUCCAUGACCUUUGUAUUCUUUUUUUUAUGAUUAAUUGCUAGUCUUAAUUUUUGCUUUCUUCUGAAUCUUAAGCACUGUACAAACAAACACACACACACACAUAUUAAAAGCAUGUGUGUUUGUGUGUAUAGUUACCGUAGCAGUCCCCAUACAGCUAAAUCAUCAUGCCAAAGACUCAACUUCACCCCCAACAAAGAUUCCCAAACAUUUCACUGAGCUUCCUGAACCUGAAGCCUGUGUCUGCCUUCAUCGUGGGUUAAAAACCCCAGAAAGUUGUGUGAGUGAGUGCGUCUAUAGUGUGUGUGUAUGUGUGUGUGUGUGUGUGUGUGUGUGUGUGUGUGUGUGUGUGUGUGUGUGUGUGUGUGUGUGUGUGUGUGUGUGUGUGUGUGUGUGUGUGUGUGUGUGUGUGUGUGUGUUUGACACCUGAUUGCCACCAAACUCACAAGGGAUACAAAUGAAACUUGGGAUGGACCUGAGGAACCCUGCAGCGCCUGUUUGUGUAAAAGAUUAAACAAAGAGGCCACAGAAAUACUCAAUCUGACUGAAUCUGUCAACUUGGAUGACUGAACGAAACAGACGGAGCGAGUCAAGGUUUUUUUUUUGGAUAUGAGGACUAACACUUUGAAGAAUUCAGUAACCAUAGUCUGGCUUAUUUAGACAGUUAGCUUUACACUCUGCUUUCAGCAACUGGCAAGGAAGACCUGGAUUGUACAAAUAAUAAUAAUAAUAAUAAAAUGGAAUUGAGACUGAACAUUUAUUUUCCCACACAUUUGUUUUGUUUCCACUUUGGAAUUAGGAUGACAGAGUUGGUUAUCAUAAAUUGAUACAAGCUUUGUUGGGUUUUUCUUUUCAUUCUGCUCCGUGCUGUAAAAUACAAUAACACAAACAGUUUGCUUUCUAAAGCCUUUAAGAAACAUUUAAAAAAAAAUCUUUUUGCAGUUUACAUUUCAAUAGCCAAUAUCACAAGUUAAUAUUAUGUUAUUCAAAGGAAUUUUGAUGUGUCUUAUUGUUUUUUUUUUUAUUUGAUUUUAUGGACAAGUAAUAAAAACACAUAGAGGAUUUUAGUUUUUUUUUUCUCAGACAUUCAUAAUGGCUUAAUUCUCCUUGAUCCUAUUUUGUAAACUAUGAUAUGUAACUUUAACAUUGAACAAAAGGUUUAUUAUUUAAUAAUAAUAAUAAUGUAUGUAUUAGCAGUAGAAUGUCGUAACCUGUACCUGGGGUCUUUUUUAUAGAUGUAUAUACAAUGACAGGUUUCAACCAUUAAAUGUGACCAUUUCACAAUGAA